AUGGCCCAUCAACCCGGCAGUUCUACAAAGAAGCGGCGCCGAGUCCUUCCGACAGCUGUGGUGUUAUGCGUCGGUGUGGCUUUCGCGGUGUUCCGCGCAGGCGAGGCCUUUGCCGGGACUUUUUCGAAGUGGGCUGGCCUCCAGGGCCUGCAACUUCGGAACUUUCCGAACUACGGGGGCAUGCGGGGUCACGCCACGCUCAGGCUGGCACAGGAGUCGGAAGUGCAAGAGAUCAGAUGGCUUGAUCCUCUUGAUGAAAAAGCCGAAGAGAUUACGCCGGCAGAAGAUGCGACAGUUCUGCCAGUCUUUCCCCUUGGCGGACCUUUCAUGCCCUACACAAAGCAGUCCCUUCAAAUCUUCGAGCCUCGAUACCGGCAGCUCUAUGACAACAUCUUGCUGUCCGGAUCGCGACGUUUCGUGGUCACUCCCGUGGACCCACGAUCCGAGGAUUCCCUUCGCCUCGCCGAAGUGGGAGUGGUCUUCUACUUGGAUGACCUCAAGGACCUGUCGGAGCAAACCCAAGACAGGGUGAAGUACGUGUGUGAGCACAGCGUCAUCGGCCGGGUGAAGUUGAAGCGCGUCCUGAACCCGGCGGACUGGUUCUCGCGCUCCACGUACCUCCGAGCUGAGACCGACCCAGUUGAAGACACAGACACCGAUGUGGAGUCCUCACUGCUGGAACAGGAGGUGAUGCAGCUGAUGAGAGACUUGGUCCCUUUGUAUGGGGAGCUCGGUCAGCCGACCUACGACGUGAGCCUCCUGGAGCGCAGGAAUUCCAGCAGGGCAGAGGAGGGUGGGCUGUGGAGCCUGGGGGAGGUUUGGGUGCAACUCCUUGGGGCGCAGCUACAGACGAAAAGGAAGCUUUUCGAAGGUAGGCUGCAGGACAUUCUUCGCUCCUAUGCAAAAUCGGGUCAGACUGAACUUCGCAUAACAGAUUUGCCUCCUGAGGCCUUAGCAGACAUCAAAAGGCUGGAGCAGGAAUUCCAAGCCAUGGGUAACAAGAUGGUGAUGCAGCAACUCGAAUUCGGCCAGUUGCUGAUACAGACAGAUUCCCACAGAGGACGCCUUGAGCAAUUCAAGGGUGCCCUCGAUGAGGAGUACCGCAAGCUCAUAGCACAAAAGUCGUUGAAGUCCCUUGGCAUCUCACCCAUCCAAGAGGUAGGCGGGGAGCUCACGACGGAACUGAGAAAAAAAGGUCGCUCACCUGCUUCUUUUGACUCCUCGCAGCUGUGCAACGUCGCGUGCUUGCAGAAGCGACGUAUGCCGAAGGCCGUGGCCGUGAUGAGGUGGACGCGAGCCCGAGUCGACGCCAUGGAGCCACCAGUUCCCAUUUCAGAAAGGGAAGUCCCAGACGCCACGGCGCUGAGCCCUUCCAAGCGGGCCGGCUACGGAGGCCAGUUUGGCGCCGGUGGCGGCUACGCCACGGGCUACAGCCCCACCCCAUCGAAGACUUUGCAAGGCAUGGGCUACGAUGAACCAGUGGACCUGACCGGUGACGGUGACGGAGGACUGCAUUCUUGCUUCCUUGAAGUUGCAAGAUUGCACCAUAUUGCACCGGUCUUUCCGGAAGUCCUGAUUCCGGCGAAGCAUGCUUUGGCACAUUGA